AUGGACCUUACUGCUGUGGGAGACAUCAACCACUCUUCCCCGACGUUCAUCCAGAUCUUCCCCGACCCUGUUGAGAUUGUCCUGGGCCCAGAGACCUCAUUGAACAUCUUGGACCACGACCAUGAGAAGGAGCGUCUACCCUCCAUCGUUGUGGAACCCACAGAUUUGAGCGAGGUGGAGAGCGGAGAGCUGCGCUGGCCUCCAGACAACAUGGACGUGGAGGAAGAUGAGGAGGACCUGUUCUUGGAGCAGUGCAUACCCCCAGCCAACAUUGCAGACUGGGGAGAUGAGGAGGAGGAGGAGGAAGAAGAGACGUCAGUUAUCCUCAACCAGCAGCCGGGAUUGACGCUCAUUGGUAAGUUGGACGUGUUGUCAUACUGUCUGCCAUGCAUGACCAACUGUGGUUUAAAAAAAAUCUUUUCAGAUCAUGUGCUUUCAGUUUGGUAG